GGCCUAUCAGACAUUACUACGGGACUUCAAGGUCGCACGAGAGGUGUGCGGGAGAGUUGCAUCUCCACUCGUUGUCCGAAGAACAACAUGGGGAGGCUCAAUUUUUAUGUCCUUUGGUCCCUGCGUGACGCCCCACGACAGUUCAUAAGCAAACGGAACCGGAGGUGCUUUCAAGUCCACGUCCCGCUGCCUCUUCCCAAGCAGCUGGUCAUCUUCGGUCUUGGAGAAUGGAAAUGCAGCGAGACCGUUUCAGUCGAGGUUCUUGUCAGUGCAGACGUAGAGGCCCAGAAAAUUGGGACUCUCUCCACUGAAGUAAGGUGCCUGACCUGGGAAGGUGACUGGAGCGCUGACAUGGCUGCAGAGAGAGGAAGGAGAGGAGUUUAUGGCAAGAUUGUGCUCACAGUAUGCGAGCCGCAGGACAACACUGGUGUCUUCAGCAGCACCCCUUUGGUUGAGAGAAAAUGUCUAUUCCCGGAUCAGCGCGACGUGUCCGACCUCUCCAGCACAUUACACCAAAGUGUUGAAAAUGAAACGAUAACGUCAAACGUGUCACAUCUGGGCGAGAGCGUCUGCUGUGCUGAGAUCCAAGUGAAUAAAAUAGACACCACUGACUCUGCUGUGGCGAAUAAACCUUCAGUUUGGCCCACGGAAAAGACGCCGAGACGCACAGUCAUUAGUAAGAGAGGCCACCUGACGUGGAGCUCCGAGGACAUGGACAGCCUCGCCGAGGACAUAGACCAAGCUUCGACGCCCAAGAAAAGGAGGCUGUGCAGGAUGAACAGCCAAGAAGAAAUGACUUUGCAGAUAAAGAACGAGAACAGAGAAGCUUCGGUGUGUCCGUCCAAGCGCUGGAGCCAUACUAUGUGUCUGAGUGACUCUGAUACUGCCAUCCUCAUCGGAGGGGAGAGUUCAGAUCAAACCUACUGCAAGGACUCGCUGUGGAAGCUUGAGUUAGACAAUGAUUUCUGGUUCCCCGUGAACUCCUCUGCUCCUGGUACUGAACCACCAUGUGCACGAGGACACACCGCAACCUACGACCCAGUCUCUAAGGCCGUCUUUGUUUACGGUGGCCUGAGGGAGGGUCAGCGCUGCAGCGAGCUGUACAUCCUCAAUACUCUGACCUGGAAGUGGAAACUUGUCACGGCAAAAGGGAAUGUUCCAAAUGUAGCCUAUCACUCCGCCGCCUUUUACAAGAAAGAGCUUUACGUCUUUGGAGGUGUUCAGCCAAGCCACUGUUCGGGAGAUAAAUCCUGCACUAAUGCUCUGUACAUCUUCAACCCGGAGUUUGAGCUGUGGUACCAGCCCAUCGUGGAGGGGGACAGACCUUUGCCUCGGUUUGGACACUCGGUCACACUGCUCCCUCAGAAGUUGGUCAUAUUUGGUGGAAGGAAGACCGCUGUGUAUCUUAAUGAUCUCCACGUUUUAGAUCUAGGAUUCAUGGAGUACACAGCUGUGAAGUGUGGGAACAUGCCACCACUGCCUCGAGGGUUUCAUGCAGCAGUCCCAGUUUCAGACAACAGGAUUGUAAUUAGCGGAGGCUGCAGUGCAAUUGGAGCCCUGCAAGACGUCCAUAUCUUUAACACUGAUACCAACAUGUGGAGUUCAGUGGCGUCGCCCCUGCUCUGCUCCAAGCCUCGUGCUGGACACAGCAUGCUAAAUUUGGGCUGCAGCAUCCCUACAGAUCCUGAGCAUGGACAGGAUAAAAUCAAUAUCCAGUUCACAUUGCUGGUGUUCGGUGGCUCAGACUGCUGUGGCUCAUUUUACAACGACACAGUCAAGUGCACGGUGGAGAUUCCUGGGGACAAGUCAUCGCAUUUAAAUAGUGUCGGGAUUUGACAGAAGAUUUACAUUUGGUUGUUUUUCUUGUUCUUUGUGUAUUUACUGUGAUUCAUUUUAACGUGGUAUGAAUUUUACUGCUGCAAGCAGUGAUACAAGAGGUUUUGCACUUUGCAUAACAAAUCUGUGAACUGCAUAUUUUACACAUCACCUGAUGUCUUUUUCUCUUCUCUUCUAACUGUUGAAAUGAGUAAAUUUAAGUUAAAAUUAAAUUUGAUAUUAAAAUGGUUAUAUUUUAA